CGGCGGGCGCUGAGGCCGUUCCUCGUUUUGCGACGACUAAACGGAGGGCUUACUUUACCAUUUUGACAAGACCUGGGCCAAUUGUUGGGUUGGUCCGCGAAUAUGCGUCGCCGACGUAGAGCGACUGAGAUGUUGCUGGCCGCAUUGUCUAUAGUUGCAGUCGUCAUCUCAUUCUCAGAUGCUCAAGAAAUCCAAAAUGUUACCAUCGCAGGAAAUGCAUCAACCCGAAUAAUUUCACCCAACUUCCCGUUCACCUAUCCAAACAAUGCCGACAAGACGUGGAUCGUCAGCACUGAAGAGGAUCACAAGAUUGCCAUCACCUUCUUCCAGUUCAGGGUCGAUACGAACUUUGACGGCGACUUCCUCCAGAUUGGCGACGGUACGAACGUCACUGCGAACCAGUUCUUCGAGGAGAAUGGGUUUACGCUCCCGCCCAACCUGCUGUCCAAUGGGAAUGAGAUGUGGAUGCGAUUCAUUACCGACGACAGGUUGGCUGAUUCUGGGUUUGUGCUGGCGGCUGCCAGUGUUCCCUCGACAGAAAUGUUGGCUUGUUCUCGUACUGAAUUGGACUGUGGACAUUACUGCAUCCGUGGCACCCUGCAGUGUGAUCGUGAAGCUGACUGCUUUGGAGGAACGGAUGAACUAAAUUGCGGUAAUAAAGAGUCAGCUAAUGAAAACGUAUAG